AUGGCAGCUGCGCCUCUGAAAGUGUGCAUCGUGGGCUCCGGGAACUGGGGUUCAGCUGUUGCCAAAAUAAUUGGCAAUAAUGUCAAGAACUUUCAGAAGUUUGCCUCCACGGUCAAGAUGUGGGUCUUUGAGGAAAUGGUUAACGGGAGAAAACUGACAGACAUCAUAAACAGUGACCACGAGAACGUGAAGUACCUCCCAGGACAUAAGCUGCCUGAGAAUGUGGUUGCCGUCCCAAACCUCAAAGAGGCCGUGAAGGAUGCCGACCUGCUGGUGUUUGUUAUUCCUCACCAGUUCAUUCACAGGAUUUGCGACGAGAUCACGGGGCAGGUGCCCAAGAACGCGCUGGGGAUCACCCUCAUCAAGGGGAUAGACGAGGGCCCCGAAGGGCUGAAGCUCAUCUCUGACAUCAUUCGGGAGAAGAUGGGCAUUGACAUCAGCGUCCUCAUGGGAGCCAACAUCGCCAAUGAGGUGGCGGCCGAGAAGUUCUGCGAGACCACCAUCGGCAGCAAAGUGCUGGCGAAUGGCCUUCUCUUCAAAGAGCUCCUGCAGACUCCCAACUUCCGGAUCACAGUGGUCAAUGACGCCGACACUGUUGAGCUCUGUGGCGCUCUGAAGAACAUUGUGGCCGUGGGUGCUGGCUUCUGCGAUGGUCUGCGCUGUGGGGACAACACCAAGGCUGCGGUCAUCCGCCUGGGCCUCAUGGAGAUGAUCUCAUUUGCCAAGAUCUUCUGCAAGGACCAGGUGUCCACAGCCACCUUCCUGGAGAGCUGCGGGGUGGCCGACCUCAUCACCACAUGCUACGGGGGCCGGAACCGCCGGGUGGCAGAGGCGUUCGCCAGGACGGGCAAGACCAUUGAAGAACUGGAGAAGGAGAUGCUGAACGGACAGAAACUCCAGGGACCUCUGACGUCUGCUGAGGUGUACCGCAUCGUCAAGCAGAAGGGCAUGAUUGACAAGUUUCCGUUGUUUACUGCAGUCUAUCAGAUCUGCUACGAAGGGAAACCCGUCCAGGAUAUGCUGUCCUGUCUGCAGUGCCAUCCGGAGCACAUAUGA